UCGUCAGACCCCCAGAGCUGAUGCUGCGAUGUGUGAGGAGCAGAGUGAACCCUGAGAUACGACUGUCUGCUGUCGGCCGUCACUGCCGUAGCAAAGAUGGAGACGCCAGUGAAGUUGCAGCUGCUGCACACUUUGGAGGCUUUAGGGGGUCAAGAACUGAACCGCUUCCAGUGGUACCUGCAGGAUGCUGACUUACUGGGUGGUUUCCCUGCCAUCAAAAAGUAUGAGCUGGAGAAUGCAGGGAGAGAGAAAACAGUGGAUUUGAUGGUCGGCGCGUACACUACUGAAAAUAUAAUGCAGGUGGCAAGGUUAAUUUUAAAGAAGAUGGAAAUGAAUGAAGGAAAAUGGUCACAAGUUUGGCCUCAAGAUCCAUCAGCACGUGCAGCUUUUGCAGCAGAGGCUCUUCGCAAAUGCCAGCCUAAACUCAAAUCUAACCUGAAGAAGAAGUUCCAGUUUGUGUUUGAGGGGAUUGCUAAAGCAGGAAAAUCAACCCUUCUGAACCAGAUCUACACAGAGCUCUUCAUCACAGAGGGAGGGACUGGAGAGGUCAAUGACGAACAUGAGGUCAUACAGAUUGAAACAGCAUCCAGGAAACCAGUCAGACCAGAAACAACCAUCAGACAAGAAGACAUCUUUAAAGCCUCACCUGGAAGAGAUGAACCAGUCAAAUCAGUGAUGACACUGGGAAUGGCUGGCAUUGGGAAAACAGUCUUAAUACAGAAGUUCACUCUGGACUGGGCUGAAGACAAAGCCAACCAGGACAUACAGUUCACAUUUCCAUUCACCUUCAGAGAGCUGAAUGUGCUGAAAGAACAAAAGUUCAGCUUGGUGGAACUUGUUCAUCACUUCUUUACUGAAACCAAAGAAGCAGGAAUCUGCAGGUUUGAUCAGUUCCAGGUCGUGUUCAUCUUUGACGGUCUGGAUGAGUGUCGACUUCCUCUGGACUUCCACAACACUGAGAUCCUGACUGAUGUUACAGAGUCCACCUCAGUGGACGUGCUGCUGACAAACCUCAUCAGGGGGAAACUGCUUCCCUCUGCUCGCCUCUGGAUAACCACACGACCUGCAGCAGCCAAUCAGAUCCCUCCUGAGUGUGUUGACGUGGUGACGGAGGUCAGAGGGUUCAAUGACCCACAGAAGGAGGAGUACUUCAGGAAGAGGUUCAGAGAUGAGGAGCAGGCCAGCAGGAUCAUCUCCCACAUCAAGACAUCACGAAGCCUCCACAUCAUGUGCCACAUCCCAGUCUUCUGCUGGAUCACUGCUACAGUUCUGGAGGAGGUGAUGGAAACCAGAGAGGGAGGAGAGCUGCCCAAAACCAUGACUGAGCUGUACAUCCACUUCCUGGUGGUUCAGCUAAAACUGAAGAACAUCAAGUAUGAUAGAAGAACCGGUACAGAUCCACACUGGAGUCCAGAGAGCAGGAAGAUGAUUGAGUCUCUGGGAAAACUGGCUUUUGAGCAGCUGCAGAAAGGAAACCUGAUCUUCUAUGAAUCAGACCUGACAGAGUGUGGCAUCGAUAUCAGAGCAGCCUCAGUGUACUCAGGACUGUUCACACAGAUCUUUAAAGAGGAGAGAGGCCUGUACCAGGACAAGGUGUUCUGCUUCGUCCAUCUGAGUGUUCAGGAGUUUCUGGCUGCUCUUCAUGUCCAUCUGACCUUCAUCAAGUCUGGACUCAACCUGAUGUCAGAGGAACAAUCAAUCUCCUGGUGGUUUAAACUGUGGUUUAAACUGUUUAGAAACAAACCUGAACCAACAAACUUCUACCAGAGAGCUGUGGACGAGGCCUUACAGAGUCCAAAUGGACACCUGGACUUGUUCCUACCCUUCCUCCUAGAUCUUUCACUGCAGACCAAUCAGACUCUCCUACGAGGUCUGAUGUCACAGACAGGAAGUGGCUCACAGACCAAUCAGGGAAUAAUCCAGUACAUCAAGAGGAAGAUCAAAGAGAUUUCAUCUCCUGAGAAGAUCUUAAAUCUGAUCGAAUGUCUGUAUGAACUGAAAGAUCCUUCUCUACAGGAGGAGAUCCAGCGGUACCUGGAUUUAACUAAAGAAACAGAGGAAUUCAGGAUUUGCCGUUUAUUACAGGAGAUAGGCAGCAGGCUGGAUGAAGAUCUAAUCUUGCAGCGCACGGUGAAUCAGCUCUCUGUUGGACAACGCUUUCUCUGGUAUCUUUCCUUCCCCUGGUAUUUUUUAAAGUAUAGGUUUAGGGCUUUUUAAUGCUUUUUUUCGAUAGUACAGUAGAGAGACAGGAAAU